AGUAUAGACGUUGAUGUUAAGCCACAAAGUCAAAUGACACCAGCACUUAUUAUUUCUGGUCCACAAAGAAUUCCAAAAUGUGGUACAUUUUCCCUUAUUGGCCAUUUCUCAAAUUCUGGAGAGCAAUGUUUUUACAGAUGGAGAGUGUGGCGUUCUGAUAGACAAUAUGUAAAUUCUAAAAUAUCAGAAAUAGUAUCAAAUACCCAAACUGCAACAUUAACUUUAAAUGUAGAAGGACUUGAAUUUGAUGUAGACUAUACAUUUGAACUUUCUGUAUCAGCUGGAAGUCAAAUAUCAGCAAGUAAAACCCACACACUUAGAAAAAAAAAUUAUGACAGCCCAAUUGUGACAGUUAUCUCAAAUCCAGUGCCGUCUUUACCAGUUCAGUCUGAUCAAAUGAUCCUGCUAAAUGCAAUGGUUACUCUUCCAGAAUGUGUAACUAAAUUAGGUCAGAUAUUUAUGUUAUGGUCUGUUGAUAACCCAAAAAUUAAAUUUGAUUUUGGAUCUAUUGCUUCUCCUAUAUACAGGAUAAAGCCAAAUACUUUGCCAGGAGAUACAUCAGUCACAUUUACAGCUAAAGCAUUCUUGGGUUCAACAAUAAAUGAAAGUUCAGAAUCUAGUGUUACCUUUAGAAUUGCACCAGCUCAAUUAAAAGCUAAUAUAGAAGGCAGUUCAGAGCUGACUGUUGGGACAGAAAAUGGAGUAAUUGAACUAGACGGUUCUAAAAGNUAA